AUGCCUUCGGUCGUGGAAACCACCUCCCCGGCGGAGCCCGUGCCCUCUCAUCCAGACCGCAUCCGCGUCAAUCGCAGCACCAAAGCCUUUGGCAGCGGCGCAUACUCCCUCAUUGACCUGCCCGCCGGCGCAGUAUUUGCCCCCAUCACCGGAAUCACCCCGGGAACCAAGGCCUACACCACCGUUCAAACCGGACCCGACACUCACAUCGAGCUCAAUUCCGACCUCGUCUACUGCAACCACUCCUGCGACCCAUCCUUGGUCUUCGACAUGAGUCGCAUGGAGGUGCGCGUGGUGGAUGACAAGCCGCUGCGGGCGGGAGACGCCCUCACUUUCUUUUACCCCAGCACCGAGUGGGAGAUGGAUCAACCGUUUCAGUGUACCUGCGGGGCUAGCGAGUGUCGUGGGUGGAUUUCCGGAGCAAAGACCAUGUCGGCGGAGGAAUUGGAGGGCUACUGGCUGAAUGGGUUUAUUGUGGAAUUGCUGAAUGAGCGUCAGUCAUGA